AUGUCGAAUGGCGGAGGUGCACCUGCAACAGUGGAGAGUAUAUUGGAUCGUGAGCAUAUCUUCCCCAGUUCCAAUAUUGAGGCUGGUUAG